GCAGCAAAUAGUUAGGGUUGAGUGAGCAUCAUCCGUUCUGUGUCUUCUUAUAUACAGUCUAUGGCUGUGUUGGUCGAUAAGGCCCGAUCCGUCCAGAAGCCUGCUGUGUGUUCAGGACGAGCAAAGCAAAGGGACAACCCGAACCCGUACAUUGAUUCUAUCCGGAGCGUCAUCCCGUAAUCUACUUGCCACGUUUGUAGGAGUACGCACUGAUAACUUGACUAAGAUCAGUGCCACCAUGCGUUCCUCAACCACAUCUGCUGCUCUGCUGUAUCUGCUGGCGGGGGCUGUGGGAGCCAUUCAGACCCCCCAGACAGUGUUCUUGGACAAGCAGCAGGCGAGCGCAGUGAUCUCCCGUCAGAAGAGGAACGUUGAUGGCAGUAACCCGCCUUCCAGCUUGGAGCAGAUUUGCAUGGAGAAAGUGUGCACCUACGAGCAGGCCAGAAGUGUCUUCCAGGACACGUACCGCACAGAUAUCUUCUGGUCUGUCUACAUUGACGGAGACCAGUGUGCAGAGAACCCCUGCAAGAAUGGAGCCAUGUGUUCGGACAGCGUGGGGGGCUACGACUGCGUCUGCAAGUCGGGUUUCACAGGGGUCCACUGUGAAAAGGACCAGACCCUGUGCACCCUGGAAAAAAACACGGGCUGCUCCCAGUUCUGUAAACCGGGCUACACGUCCUAUGAGUGCUCCUGCGCCCGCGGAUGGAAGCUCAGCCGGACGGACAGGAAUAAGUGUGAGCCUGCAGUCACAUUCCCCUGUGGUAAGCUGAACAGUCGGAGUCAGUGGAAGGACAGAGAGUCCAGGAACAUUAAUAACUUUGAAGGAGUUAGCUGUUCUUCUACAGAGUGUCCCUGGCAGGCUCUCCUGAAGAGUUCAGAGUCCCGAGGUUUCUGUAGCGGAGUCAUUCUGAAGGAGAACCUGGUUUUGACUUCAGCUAAAUGUGCCCACAAAUACAGCUUCUUCCAGGUAGUUGUUGGCAAGCGUAACACCAACGAUGAAGACGGAGGGCAGACGCUGAAUGUAAAACUAGUUCACAUCCACCCGCGCUACAUGGAAGAUCGCCCUGAAAAUGACCUGGCUGUGAUUGAGCUCCGUGACCGCAUGAUUUUUAAGAAAGAAGUCAAUGCUGCCUGUCUGCCAGAAAAAGACUUUGCCGAGAGCAUCCUGAUGACAGCAGAGCUCCCGGCCAUAGUCACCGGCUGGAAAGAACCAAAACAGGUAUCUUCUUUCCAGGGCCAGCUCACCCUUAACCUGCUGGAGUACCGCCGCCUGCCACAGUGUCUGGAGACUCACCCCAAUCUGAUGACCAAUAAAAUGGGCUGCACCACUCCCAGGACCAAUGCCGACUGCACCAUGAGCUCUGGCAGCCCCCUGCUCACCCUGUACAGGGAGGUGUUCUUCCUCACUGGGGUGGUUAGCCAGCCGCCAGGGGCCGACUGCACUAAUGGCUACAUCUUCCAGAAAGUGUCGCGCUACCUUGGCUGGCUGCGGCCGCUCAUGGGUUCACGUUAGGCGGGGUAGUCAGGGAGAACAUGGAGGUCAGUGGUUAUGGAAAAUCUAGGCUAAUGCAGGUGAAUAAAUACUAACAACAAGGAAUCAGAAGAAUAUGUUUGUUGUAGCUCAACCUUGUCAUGCAUUUUGUCUUUCUGUCUUGAUAAUACCCAUAUUAACAGCCAUAUGUAUAGUCUCAAUCUAGGUUAUGACUUCCUAAUUUAUCCACAAGGGGGCAUUCUGUUAACAUAAACAGAGAAGCACUGAAUCUGUUUACCAGUCAGAGACAGCAAGGGAGGCAGUGAAUUAUUCAGCAUGUGUUUUGUAACGUGGACAUACCUUUUUAAUAACCUUUUAAGUGAAGUGUUAUUUUUAGCAGUUACUUUGCUGGCUGACAUGCACCAUGUAACACUCCAGGUAAUCGCUGUUCAAUGUUCUGUCUAUAAAUGUAAUAAACCCUAAUAAAACACAUGACAUC